AUGGCAAGACGCAUGAACUACAUUCUCUCUCCCCUCUUACUCUCCCUUUUCAUCUCAGUAAACGGUGAUCUCAGUGUCACGGACUAUGGUGCCAUUGGCGAUGGAAAGACCGACGCAAGCCAAUCGUUCCUCAAAGCAUGGACCGCAGCUUGCCAUUCGAGUGAACCCACGACGAUUUAUGUCCCUCGCAAGAGGUAUCAACUCAGGCCGGUCAUCUUCCAGGGCCCAUGCAAUAAUACUAGUAUUACGAUUCGGGUGGAUGGGAUCUUGGUCGCUCCAAAUUACCAAGAAAUGGGCAUUGUUGACAAUUGGAUCAUGUUCUCUGGAGUCCAGGGUGUGUCAAUCAAUGGCAACGGCGGGUACCUUGAUGGGCAAGGAUUGGGCUUGUGGGCUUGCAAGGCUGCGGGCCAUGUCUGUCCUGCUGGCACAACGUCACUUGCCUUCUUCAGUUCCAAAGAUGUAUCAGUCAGCGGCAUCACUUCGAUCAACAGUGAGCUCUACCACAUUGUCAUCCUCACGUGCAACAACGUAACGCUGGAUGGAGUAAGGAUCUAUGCCCCUGAUGACAGCCCUAACACUGACGGCAUACACGUCCAAGAUUCAACAAAUGUGCGUAUCUUGAGCACAGGCAUAAAAACGGGAGAUGACUGCAUCUCGAUUGGCCCAGGCACGCAGAACCUGUGGAUCCAACGUGUCGCGUGUGGGCCUGGCCACGGAAUAAGUAUCGGGAGCCUGGGGAAGGAGCUUAAAGAAGAUGGUGUGCAGAACGUGACUGUAAAGACAGUCGUCUUUAACGGAACUCUUAAUGGUCUUAGGAUAAAAUCUUGGGCCAGGCCCAGUUAUGGGUUUGUUAAAGGAGUGGUCUUUGAGCACGCCACCAUGAUCAACGUUGCAAAUCCAAUCAUCAUUGACCAAAAUUACUGCCCUAACAACAACGACGGUUGUCCUGGCCAGGAGUCGGGCGUGAAAAUCAGUCAAGUGACAUAUAAGAACAUAAAGGGAACGUCAACAUCCCAGGUUGCCAUGAAAUUCGAUUGCAGCUCAAGCUCUCCAUGCCAAGGGAUCAGAUUACAAGAUAUAAAGCUCACAUACCAUGAUCAGCUUGCAGAAUCCUUUUGUCAAAAUAUAAAGGGUUCGACCAGUGGAUUAGUUGUGCCGCCGAGCUGUUUUUGAAGAUUCUUUCUGAAUGUAAAAUGCCAAAGAAAAAAAAAAUUGUAUUCUUUUCUUUAAAUUAAAAUAAAAUAAAAAAUGAGAAUAGGAUU